CUUUUCAAGGGGCCCGUGGAGGCAGACAGAUAAGUAACAGAACAGAAGAAAAACCACACAUGAUGUGGAAGAUACCGGGUAAACACUUGCUCUGCAUCUGCCUGCUGGUCAUCCCGCUGUCCUGGGCAGAGGACGCGAGGGAAGAGAAGAAUGACAAUGAUUCAGCGUGGAGUCAAGCGAAGCACAAGCGACUGUUUGCCAGGCGAAGGAUCCCGGCACCCCAGGGAAGUCAAAUUCCUAAAGUUAAGCCAGAGGCCAUGACCCCUGCACGCCGCUGUGGUCGUCUGAUGGAGAACUGCUCCUCUCAUGUGCCCUGCUGCGACCCCUGUGCUUCCUGCCGUUGUCGACUUUUCAACACCAUCUGCCACUGCUGGAGAGUGGGCCCCAAGUGUUCAAAGAGGAUUUAG